AUAAUUGCGCUCACGAAAUGCGAACUGACGAUCGUCCAAUCUUCUUUGACUGGAUCUAUUCUGAGUAACCUCUUGCUUGUUUUGGGAAUGUGCUUCUUCGCGGGUGGUGUCAAAUAUUCUGAGCAAGGAUUCGGAGCUAGUAUGUGUCCAUUCGUCCUCUGCACACCAUUCCAUGCCCAUCCGUGACUAGGUGCGACCCAGCUCAACUCCUCCCUGCUCACAAUCAGCGUUAUCGCCGUCUUGCUCCCCGCCGCUUUCCGCUUCUCUGUCACAGCGACUUCUGAUCCGGAUCCGGGUCUGGAUAUUCUGAGGUUCAGCCACGGUGUUGCCAUCAUCCUGCUGUUCAUCUAUGGCUCGUACCUGGUCUUCCAGCUUUACUCACACGCGAAACUGUACGAAGACCAGAGCGAUGACAUCAUCAAAUCGACGAAAUACGCACCGCGCCACCCGACCGGAGCAGACGCCGAGAAUGGGACG